AGUUAAGAACCAUUGAUUAUCUGUCAUCAGAAGAUGUGCUUCUUCUAGCUUGCAACGACUAAAAUCUUCAAAAUGCGAAUGUUCAUCGUGAUCAGAAAACGAGGUGCAAAACUUGCUGUAGGGAUUCUCUUUACGUUGGGAGGUGUGAUAACGCUUUACACAAUGUGUCCCCAGGCCACCUCAUUAUUGGAAAGCAGCGAUGGAGUUGAUUUUGCUACUGUUCGCAAGAUAGAAGAAGCAUAUGCUCGACUCAAUGGACCUCAGGGAGUUAAGUGUUACUCCCUCUUGAAAAAGUUCCUCACAAAGGAUGUGUUGGAAGAGCUUAAGUACAAGAAAACCAAGUUGGGGGCAACUUUGUAUGACUGCAUUCGCUCAGGCGUGUACAACCUAGACGCCGGUGUUGGUGCUUAUGCUCCAGAUGCAGAAGCAUAUAAGACAUUUGCCCCACUGUUUGAUAGAAUCAUCGAAGAGUAUCACGGAUUCAGUCUUGGACAAAAGCAACCAUCUGUUGACUUGGGAGACGGGAAAAUUCAUGAGUUUCCUCCUCUUGAUCCAGGAGCCAAGUAUAUCAGAUCAACUCGCAUCCGUUGCGGAAGGGCGGUGGUUGGAUAUCCUUUCAAUCCUCUUUUAUCCGAGAAAAGUUAUUUGGAAAUAGAAGAAAAGUUGAAAAGAGCCUUUGAAACAUUCGAAGACAACGAACUGAAGGGCAAAUAUUAUCCAUUGAACGGGAUGACACAGCGGACUCAGAAACAACUUAUAGAUAAUCACUUUCUUUUCAAGGAAGAUGAUCGUCACCUUCAUGCUGCAAACGCAUAUAGAUUCUGGCCUAAGAUAUCGCUUUUGCCCUUCUUGUAUCUCUUUCCUCCACCACGUUCAAUGUCCGGGACAAAGGGGCGAGGAAUAUAUUACAAUGACGAAAAAACAUUCCUGAUUUGGGCGAACGAGGAAGAUCAUGUGCGCAUCAUCUCUAUGCAAAAGGAUAGCAACGUAGGGCAGGUGCUGGACAGGUUAAACAGGGGUGUCAAACACAUUGAGAAACAUGUGCAUUUUGCUCGUGAUGAGCGUCUUGGGUGGUUGACAUUCUGUCCGACAAACUUAGGAUCAACGGUCCGUGCAUCCGUUCAUAUAAAACUGCCGAAACUUACAGCGAACAUGAGCAAUUUUGUGGUUAUGUGCAAUAGGUUAAAUUUGCAACUUCGAGGAGUACAUGGAGAACAUUCAGAACCGAUAUCGGGAGUCUACGACAUAUCAAAUAAGGGUCGUCUUGGCAUAUCUGAGUAUCAAGCUGUGAAGCAAAUGUACGACGGUGUCAAAGAACUCAUCAGGAAAGAAGAGACGUUAUGACAAACUUAUGUACUUUUUGUGGGGCUGAAUGUCGU